GAUAGGCCACCGCCAAACGCCAUCAUUGCCUCCCAACAGAACUGUCCACAAGAAAUGACACGGGCUGGGUUCGGGGAGCUUUGUGUGCUGCCUCUGGGCUUCAAGCUGCAGUGGCGGAGUAUCCUUCGGCAGCUGCACGCACCGUCAGUUGUUUUCAACCAGCUGUCAACGUUCGUCUUUCACGCGCAAUGUAUCAACCAGGCCGGCCCCCCGAAGACAAAUGACAUCUCACGGGAAUCCCAUGCCAUCGCCAACCCGGCUUUCUCGCAAGAGUUGAUGGGUGGUGUGAUAACUGCCACCUCCCGGGUCGCGGCAUCGUGGCAGCUCGUCCAAGCUCUCCAGACAUUCAUCCUCACCAGCACCAAUGUCGAGAUCCGGAACGACUUCCGACUCCCCGCCGCGAGAUGCGCCCUCAUUAGCAUGCUGUCCCUCGAUAUGGAUCAUGGUCACAUUUCAACCGCACUUCACUUGCGUCCGCUGGAAAAGCCUUGGGAUGUUCCCGAACAGCUGUGGACUCUCGUGCGCGAGGCUGCUGUUAAUCAAUGGCAGCUUCAACAGGAUAACACGACCGUCAUUAGCCUUCGCACGGCUACUCCAAAGACUCUGGCUGGGAUCCUGGGUACCCUCGAGAAGGCCCUCGUCCCCUGCUUAUCAUCGCCCGACCACAAGCGGCUCGACAUUGAGCUGCUCAUUCUCCGUUCUCGGUUCUAUCUCAAAGCGGGAGACACUGCUAUGCGGUGGAGAGACUUUCGUGGCAUGGCUAUUGAUGAGAACCAAGAGAUCGGCACCCUUGUUGGUCUGUUCAACAAGCUCGUGCUGACGAGCACGUCUUCGCCACCUGAGCGGAUCGUUAUGGUACCAAACGGCAAUCCGCAAGUCGAAAGAACUCCAGGACACGUGUCUGUGCACAUAAUCGAGAGCACAAAACCCUGUCUCUCCGCAUAUCGAGUUGACACACUUCUCGGGUGUCUUGUAGACGGCGGAGACCUAGUGAGCAAGCUAUUUCUGUGUCUCCCUCAUGCCUUGACGGCUUUCUGCAUGCCUGACGAGCUCACCUCGUGGACAGGCAUAGAGGAGGCGCUGCGCAUUCUGCGAUCCGCCGCUGUCAGGUCGGCCAAUGGAUUCACGAAAGUAUCCAGCUCAAUACUCACGAAGAUUGCUGCCUUGACUCCAAAGCGGGAAGUUCAUCCCCAAGCAGCUGCGUGUGAUGCAGACGAUGCACUGUGA